AAUACAGGGGUAUUAUAUAUAUGAUCCAAAUAUACUCACAUGUCAUUGUUGAUUUGGGUUGAUAUAACUUAUUUUCUUUUUUAGGUUUUUUUUUUCAAGUAAGUGUUCUGAUUUUACCUGUUUUCAACUUGAGCCCUUAUCUAUGAACUUGAGCUUUGGAACUCAAAAUUUUCGGAAAUUGGCAGCAUUGCUGUACUCACCAUAAAUAUUUGUCUAUGGUUGUACUGCUUUGGGAAGUGCGAUAAGUGUAACAACUUUAGCAGUAAAUGACGACAUAAAUCCAAUUGGUAUCGUUCGCCUUAGUAGGGCUGCCAGAACCGUGUUUCAGAUAGGGUUUAUGUACAAGUAUGAUCUAUUCGGUAUUGAUAAAACUUCUAGUGAAUAUAAAAAAAUAAAAUCACACUGCCAUCAGAAGGCAGCUGAAAUGCUGCUUGAUCUUUGUUGUGCUAAUAAAGGUGUUUAUAUAAAAGUGGGGCAACAUAUUGCAGCUUUGGAUUAUUUGCUUCCAACAGAAUAUGUACAAACAAUGAAAGUUCUGCAUAGUCAUGCCCCUUCAAAUAAAUUAGAGGAUGUUUACAAAGUCAUCUCUGAGGAUUUUAAAAAAAAGCCAAAAGAAAUAUUUCUAUCAGUGGAUCCAGAACCAUUGGGUACAGCUUCAUUAGCCCAAGUUCAUAAGGCAUUUCUUCAUGAUGGUUCUGUAGUAGCUAUUAAAGUUCAACACCCUUAUGUAAAAAAUCACGCAAAAGUUGAUAUGAAAAGCAUGGAAAUUAUGGUAAAAAUAGUUAGUCUGAUUUUUCCAGAAUUUAAAUUUCAAUGGUUAGUAGAUGAAACAAAAAAGAAUAUACCUCAGGAGCUAGAUUUUUUUAAUGAAGGCAAAAAUGCUGAAAAAGUUGCUAAGAUGUUUCAGUGUUAUCCAUGGUUGGUUGUACCAAAGGUCAGAUGGGAUUUAACAACUUCUCGAGUUCUUACUAUGGACUUUGUUGAAGGAGGGCAAAUUAAUGAUUUAGAGUACAUCAAUAAAAAUGGAUUAGAUAGAUUCGAAAUAGCUGAUAAACUUGGAAAGUUGUAUUCACGUAUGAUAUUUAUUUAUGGAUUUGUACAUAGUGAUCCACAUCCAGGAAAUAUUUUGUUAAAAAAAGCAGAAGAUGGAUCUUGUGAAAUCGUUCUUUUAGAUCACGGUCUAUACGCAACAUUAAGCAAAGAUUUACGAGUAGAAUAUUCCCAACUUUGGCUAAGUAUUUUAAAUAAAGACAAACAGGGUAUGAAAACACACAGUCGUAAUCUUGGAAUAGAGGGAGACAUAUAUGGAUUAUUUGCUUGCAUGAUCUCAGGACGAACUUGGGAUUCAUUGAUGGAAGGCAUUACAAGGAAAAAACCUAGUCUCAAGGAGAAGAAAAUAAUGCAAGAUAUUUUGCCUACUGUUCUGCCCAAAAUUAAUGAAAUUCUUGAAUGCGUUAAUCGUCAAAUGAUAUUGAUUUUUAAAACAAAUGACUUAAUGAGAGGAAUUGAAUAUACCUUAAAUACCAGUAAUCGUAUGGCAUCUUUUAAAGUAAUGUCAUGCUGUUGCAUACGCUCUGUUUAUGGAGAUAAAAUGGAUAAAGCCCGUUCGAUUAUAGAUAAACUGAAAAUAGUGGCAACGCAGUAUUGGCUUCUAUUUAAAAUUAAUAUUUACUAUGCUUUUUUGACGAUAAAUGAAGUUUAUAGAAAUACCGUUAGUAGAAACUUGUGUUUAUAUACUCAAAAUUAAAUUAAAUGUAAUAUCUACAUAAUUAUAAUUUCCAUUCUUA